UAUUGAAUGAUCAUGGGGAAGAGCCGGGCUCGCAGAUUCAAGCCGGUGGGGUUCACUCCUACUGCAGCCGUCAAACCCGCAGAGGGGCCCGGAGACCCGGACAGCGCGGACUCGUCACACGCCGAGGACCUUCUUCAUAAAUUGCAGAGCCCUAGUCCUGAAGUCCGAGAAUUUGCUUGCGCCAGCAUCUCGAAGCUUGUCCAGCAGAAGCAAGUCAUCCCAGCCUUCCUCCAAAGAGAUGUCGUUCGUUGCCUGGGGCCGCUUUUGCUCGAUAAGUGCAUGUCCGUGCGCGAGACCGCUGCCGGCGCUUUACGGAACCUGAGCACUUGUGGAGGCUUCGAAGUAUGUGAUGACAUGGUGACCAGAGACAUCAUGACCCCCUUAGUGGCUCUUUUAAGGGAGUGCUCCACCCUUUUAGAUGCAACCUCAGAGCCAGCAGCAAACAGUAAAGACUUGACCAAAACACAAGUAGAAGAAAUUGCUAACCAAACCGUUAAUAUUCUGUGGAAUGUCUGUGAAAGCAACAGUAAGGCAUUGAGUAUCUUUAACAAAGAAAGCUGUGUACAGAUUGUUAUCCAGUGCUUAAGCAAGUUCCCAUUCAACUUGGAAUUGGCCGUGUCCGCAGCUUACUGCCUGCAGACGGUCACAGAAGAUAAUCCAGAACUUCUGGCCUCUUUUGAUGCCUCUGCUUUGAAAACAUUGGAGAAUGUGCUGAUGACCACUGCUACCACCAUGGAGAUGAGACUUCUGCAGACAUUAGUUGCAGGUACAGUGUGGAAUAUAAAAGACAGGAUACCCGCUUUCAGCCAGGCCGACUCCAUUAACGCCAUCUUAAGGAUAUUAGCAGAAGUCCUAUCUCAGGACGCGGGGCAGUUUAUUAUACAGAUGAAAGAAACGGAAUCUGUUCGAUUGAGAAAUGCUGCCUCUGAAUCAGAAGAGGCAGCAGGAAGUCUGGAGGACGCCUCUCUGAAUGAAGAGGAUGGGAUGGUAGACCGGGCGGUCAAGAAGCAGAUCCGGGAUAAUUUCUCAGAUUUAAUCCCAGUGUCAAAUGAAGAACUUAGACAAGCUUCUUUCUUACUGGUGGCUCAAAAAUCUGCACUUGAGAUGAUUGUGAACCUGUGCUGCAGUGACGAGCCCUCGGAGGAUGAAUGGGAAGAACUUUCUAGCAGUGAUGAGAGCGAGUUGUGCCUAGAGAAAUCGGUAGCUGACGGAGGCCAGCUGAUGUCCCCCCUGUGCCUGUCUGCUGAAGUCCACUCUGCUCUCCUGAGCCACUUCGUCCCAAAGAAGGUGCUUGAAAAGACCCAUUUUCCAGAUGCUGCUGCUUUAGAAAUAUGUAGAAACAACUCUGCAUGGAAACCGUUAAUUGCAAAGAUGUGCACUGUCCAGCAUAGAGCCCUGACCUGCCUGCAUAACGUCUUGUCCAUGCUGGACAUCGAGAGCUUAGGAGGAGCGUCUGCGCUGCAGGAACUCGCUCAGCAUCUUUCAGAACUGGUCUUCACGCAAACCGAUGGCCCAAAACAGGAUGAAUUUUUGGAGGCGGCGUCCAGCGCUGUACGAGCAUUACUACAGACCAUGGCGUCUAAGGGAAUACCGCAGAGUAUGACUGCAGAACAGGUGAUGAGCUUUGCUGAAGCUUGUGUGCAGAGCAGCAACGCCAGCACGAGGGUGAAUGCAGUCAGCAUCAUCGGGGUUACAGGCAGCGUACUGGCGAAAGGCGACGGCACGGCCGACACGCUGAAGCUCAUAGGAAACUUCCUCCUUGGAAUUGCUGCAGGCGAUGUCUCCCUGGUAGUAUCUGGAGGGGCGCUAGACGCCAUCUUUGAUGUGUUUGCUGAUGGUGAUGAAGCUGAGAAGGCUGCGGUGGAGAUAAACCUGCUCCAGGCCCUUAAAAAAAUACAGCCGGCUUUUAAAUCAAAGCUUCGUAAAGAAGGCCGAGAGAAGUACAGCACUGACCAGUUAUGCGUCCUGGAUAACGUAAGAACCAAUCUCAGGCGCUUCAUACCUUACCUGGAGACGGUAGAGAGAAAGUUUAGGAACCGAAUGUAGAAGGAAGAACGGAUGCCCUGUGCGUCCCAUCGAGAAGGCCAGGACCAUUCGGACAGAUGUUUGUUUCAUAAAACUGCAGAUCUGUGAGGUCUAUUUCUCCAGUAUCUGUAGAUCGGCCCCUAAAUAUUCCAAAAGCUGAAUGUCCUUUGCCACCCGGGCCUGAGAUGCUGUAUAUUCUCGUUAGUUUUCAGGGGUUUUGCCUUUUCACGAUUUCAAAAUGAAUUGCCAAGGGUUUGCACCUCUGGACUGCAAAACCGAUGUGCACUCUUGAUGUAUGGAAGGCUUUUAGUAACGUAAGCGACAGUGCAGUGAACAUUUUGAGGAAUUUUUUACUGACCCAACAUCAUGAACGGGUCUGGCAGUGCCCACAUACAGAUACCUGAGAGUCGGUAAAAUCGGUAGCACAUGAUACCAAUAGAGCCUCAUGCACAUGACUUAUUUUCAUCUGUGUGCUAUCUACCGUCUUUUUUUUUUUUUUCGGAUCGCUGACCCAUUCAUUUCAAUAGGGCCAUGCACACAUCCGUAUUUUUUGUGGACCGGUGUGUUUGUCCCGCAAACGAUAAAAAAUGUCCUAUUCUUGUCCGUAUUACAGAUGAGAACAGUCCUCUCUAUUGAUGGGAGUAAGAAAAAUACGGAAUGCACACGGAAGGCAGCAAUAUUUUGUGUACCGAAAUCUGGAUGCGGCUGUGUGCGUGAGGCCUUGGGCUGUGUUCAGUCGCAUUCCACCUCUGAUUGAUAGAUUUUGUUAAAAAAAGGCAAACGGAAUAGCGCAGCGUGCUAAAAUGAUGGCCCCUUACAGUGGUGUCGUUUGGACGCUGUCGGCGACCAUCAUGUACCAGAUCUGGCGCAUCCGUCGUGUUCGUUCUGCUUCUAUGACUGAGCAGAUAUACGGAAUCGCUUAGUGCACACGUGCCUAGACCGUGACGGGUAGAAUGAAGGACUCUCAGGUAUGCUGCUAUCAAUUGGUUUUCAUCUAUAGAAUCUGUGGGUGAAAUCCACAGUGCAGACUGACAUGGCACGCAUACAAGAGUUGCAAUAAGCGACAGAUUUUUAAUCCUUUGCAAAAAUCUCCAUAAUCUACAAUCAUGAAAAUUUUACAUUUGUUCACUCAUUGAAACUUGUAAACUGAAAGGUCAUGCCAAGUAUUGCUACUGUACAUCUCUUGCUGGACUCGAUCGCUCUGAAAUAACCUUGCCUUUCAGGGGGAAGGAAUUUUCUAUUUCAAAACAUAUAUAUAUUUUCAUCAUGGGAUUGAUGCAAUAUACGAAUGUGAUGCCAAUGGAAACAAUAAAAAAAACAAUCUAUUUGAA